GAAGGAAAAAAAAAUCUUUCCAUUUUUUUCAUAAAGUAAUAAAAAACUAAAUAAAAUAAUGUUCGAAAAAUUGUCCGCCAGAAAAAAGAAAAGCAUAUGACUAUGAUAUGUGGCUUGAAGCCUAAAUUAAUCAUUAAAAUAAUAAUUUUAAAGUAAAAAAAAAUAAGGAAUGAAGAACGAAUGAUUCCAGUGUAGAAGGAGAUUCAUUGUGUUUCGAGUAGAUAAUUUCUUUUCGUGAUUAUCAAUAUGAGAAGUUUAUAGCCUCUCACCUUUCUUCUUCUUCUUCUUCUCUGUUUGUUUUUUUUGAAUUGCUUUCUUCAAGUUUUAUUUGAGGUUUCUUGGCUUCUGCUCCACUUGCCUCACCGUAUAACAAUCACCGCUUCGCUGUAUGAUCUGAUUGUGAUCUCUCGGUAUCCGCAACUUUUUCGGCAUGGAGGCUGUAGUGUUGAUUCGAUGAAUUUGAAUGCCUGUUAUGGAAAGAGUCGGUGAAGAAACGGUGGCGAGUAACAACAUACAAUUGAAAGGACGAGGGGAUGAUGUUCCUUGUAAGCUGGUGGCUGAAUCAGAACCUGGGAACGACUCUUUGAGGAGCGAUUGUCCUGGAAGUUCAGCUCGCAGGAAUGUUGACAUAAACAAGCCUCCGGAGGAAUCUGCCGGAGCCAAGAUCUCUGUUGAAGAGGUGACACUGGGGAACUAUAGGAUAGCUCAAGGGAGCAACGCUAUGGAUAGUUCUAGGGCGGGGAAGUUUGAGCACCUCUAUCGUCUCUCUAGAGGGUCUGCGUUUAGGGCAGGAGACGGGGAUCUCGAUUCUCAGCCUCGUGACAUGGAUCAAAUGCUCUCGAGAAUCAGGCAGCAGCUUGCGGGAGCUCCUUCCGAGAGGCAAAACUUGAAACCUUUUGUGAACAGGAGGAGCGAUCAGAACCUUGAAGCGUUUUCCGAACGCCUAAGAGCGGCUGGGGAGAACAGCGUUAUGAACGCUCCUGCAUGGAUCAACGAAGGUGUCCACUUGAAAACGCCCUUGGGUUCUUCCAGUUUUUCGCAGCUGAUACUUAAAAGAGCUAUGAAGGGGAAAGGCGUUGUGGGGAGAAACCAGGAAACUCCUCCUGAAACCGCCUGCGAUCAAGGCGUAGGACGCAAGGAGAAAAAGUUGGAUCAUAGCAAGUCGCCUGUUCCUCACGAUGUGUUGACGACGCUAAAACCAAAUCUCAAAGGAAAUGGGAUUGUAUCAUCACAUGGUGAUGGGAAUAACGCCAAAACUUCUUUUGGAAUCACUUUGAGGGAGUUUCUAAGAUCAAGUUAUGGUAAACGAGAGAAACGACACAGCCUUUGUCUAUUCAGGCAGCUGGUGGAGCUGGUUGGCUCGGCCCAUUCUCAAGGUUUAUUUUUGGUGGACUUGAGACCAUCCCUUUUCACUUUGGUCCCAUCGAAGAAACUUAGAUAUAUUGGUACUUUUGGAAAGAACAAUGUAGACUCGGAUGUUGACGAAGAUUUGAAUAGGAAGAGGCCCGUGGUUCAGGAAUCGUCUACUGUAGGAAGGGAUUUGAAGAAAAGAAAAAUGGACUUGCAUGCGCAUUCUCCAGGGAAUCAAGUUCAGGCCACUUCAACCGGGAGACCUUUUAAAAGGAAGAGCCCCGUGAUUGAUUUAAAUGUGGUGGAUGCACGUAAUCCAGACAGUUGUGAACUUCAACAGCAAAACUAUAUCAAAAAUUUAGCCGUGGCUUCAGUGACGAGAAAACAGUCUAUGUCCACAUGGCUCGAAGAGCAAUGGUAUACUUGUCCAGAGGAGAUUAAUGGAGAAGAUAUCGGAGAAAAAUCAAAUAUAUAUGCCCUUGGGGUUCUUCUCUUUGAGUUGCUAUGCCAUUGUGAAUCCAGUGAGAUGCAUGCUGCAAUGAUGGCAGACUUACGUCAUCGGAUUCUCCCACCAAUAUUUCUCUCAAGAUACCCGAAGGAAGCUGGAUUUUGUCUUUGGCUUCUACAUCCUGAACCCUCCUCCCGACCAACGGCUAGAGUCAUUUUUUUCUGUGACAGAGAAAUACUGAAGUCUGAGUUGAUAUGCGAGGAGGAUCCAGUUAUAUCAACUGCUGCUGAUGAGGAGAUAUCUGAGCUGUUACUUCAUUUUUUGUCUUCACUAGAAGAGCAGAAGCAGAAAAAUGCAUCUAAGCUUUUGCAAGACAUCCAGACCUUGGAUGAUGAUAUCAAGGAGGCCGAGCGAAGAUAUUCUUCAAGUGCAUCUCUGGUGAGGUCUCAUGGAGCUACUGAAAGAAGAGUGCGAUCAUCUCCCUUAGACGAGCGCUGUACAACUUCUUCUGGCGCCUUGUUUGUUCCAACUGCUAAUACAGACAGGCUGAUGAGUAAUAUCCGUCAACUUGAAGAUGCAUAUUUCUUCAUGAGGUCACAAAUGAAGUUAUCGGAUUCUGCCGCUAGUGCCCGUUCCGACAAAAGCCUUCUAAAAGACAGGGACAGGUGGUCUGAAAACCAAAGUGAGAAUCAGGAUACGAAAACCAAAGGAAAAUCGUCGGAUCAACUUGAAGUUUUUUUCGAGGGGUUGUGCAAAUUUGCUCGGUACAGCAAGUUUGAAACCUGUGGGACAAUAAGAAGUGGAGACCUUUUAAACUCUGCAAGUGUGAUCUGCUCAUUGAGUUUUGACCCGGAUGAGGAACACAUAGCAGCAGCUGGAAUAUCAAAGAAAAUCAAGAUUUUCGACUUCAAUGCAUUUAUGAAUGAAUCUGUCGGUGUUCAUUACCCACUAGUAGAGAUGGUCAACAAAUCUAAAUUAAGCUGCGUUUGCUGGAAUAGUUAUAUCAAAAACUACUUGGCCUCGACCGACUACGAUGGUGUAGUUCAGAUAUGGGAUGCCGGGACUGGACAAGGAUUUUCGCAGUACACAGAACACCAGAAGAGGGCCUGGUCAGUUGAUUUUUCUCCAUCUGACCCUACAAAAUUUGUCAGUGGAAGUGAUGACUGUUCGGUAAAGCUUUGGAGUGUCAAUGAGAAACGGUCAUUAGGCACAAUUUGGAGUCCAGCAAAUGUGUGUUGCGUGCAAUUCUCUGCUUAUUCAAACCACUUAUUGGCAUUUGGGUCAGCUGAUUACAAAGUCUAUUGCUAUGAUCUUCGGUAUGUCAAAACUCCUUGGUGCACAUUGGCUGGCCAUGAGAAAGCUGUUAGCUAUGUUAAAUUUAUGGAUUCAGAGACCAUUGUCUCUGCUUCCACUGAUAACUCUCUCAAGCUUUGGAAUCUCAACAAGACAAAUACCUCUGGUUUAUCUCCUGGUGCUUGUUCAUUGACGUAUAAAGGACAUACAAACCAAAAGAAUUUUGUCGGAUUAUCAGUCUUGGAUGGAUACAUAGCCUGUGGUUCAGAGACCAAUGAGGUAUAUAGUUACUAUAGAUCCUUACCGAUGCCAAUGACUUCAUACAAGUUUGGAUCGGUGGAUCCCAUUUCCGGAAACGAAUACUUUGAUGACAAUGGACAGUUUGUGUCAAGCGUCUGUUGGAGAAAGAAAUCGAAUAUGCUUGUAGCUGCAAAUUCUACUGGAAACAUGAAGCUACUAAAACUGGUUUGACACUGGUCUCUCUGAGUAAGUUCUUUGGAAAAGUCUCAAAACCUGAUCUCUGAGUCUCUGAAUCUACGACAACAAUUUUGACUUGAAGCAAAGUUUUUGUCCUAGAAACUCUGAUCCUACAUGACCAUGACAAGUGGGGCAACAGCAACAACAACAACAACAACAAAAAUCACAAGUCUUGGAGAAGUUGAACUGCCUGUGUCUGUGAUAAUAGUUGAUUCUUCUUGGUGUAAUUCUAUAUAUAUGGUACAAUUUGAGAUAAAAUUCUCAGAUUCUUCGGAAGUGAUUCAGGUUUGGUCUUUGCAAAAGGUCGGCAUCAAUGCGUAAUGAUGAGAGAGGUAUAUAACUGUACAAGUGAGCUUUAAUUAUGUAAUUGUCGUUAAAGGAUUCACUCUUAGAGAUAAAAAAAAAUAGAGAGAAAAGAAGUCUCUGAUUAUCAUUUCUCCGUUUGAGUAAAUCAUUAUUCACUUAUGGCUUUCUUCUCGUCUGCAUUUUCCAC